CUUGACUUGCCACCUGGUAGUUGUCUCUCUUGACCCUUUAUUACCCUCAUCUCACAUCCCGGCCUCCAUCUUUCGCUCUUUUGUUCGCUAUUUAAUAUCUAUUAAAGAAUUCUACCAUGCCAGCUUUUAAAUUAUCGUUGUCGAUCGUUACAUUUCUUAUCUUCUUUUCUUCUUAUCAUUCGCAUAAGAUUAAUCGUCUUCAAGCUCGAGCUUUUGCUACCCACACCCCCCAGAUUGUUUCGUCCACUACCAAAUCAGGAGAGGCUUUCGGCAAAGGACAAGACCUUGCGCGUCUUGGGAGUUCAACUUCAGGCAUCGACCCCCACAUCUCCGGAGGCAUUGGGCCGCAUGCGGAACCCAUCGGUCAAAAUGUUCCAUUGGCCACUCCAAACAACAUAAAUCCAUUGGAUAAUGCGCACAAUAUACCAUCACAACCUGAAAAAGGGCCAACUUUCCAGAGGCCCAAUGAGCCCUUGAAGUUUGAACACCCAAACCCUUCAGCAGCAGAUGCCCCCAUAACAGCCCAACCUUCAAAGUCUGUUGGCUUUUUUCAAAAACUGAAAGCAAUGGUCCAAAAAAUUGUAAAUUUUUGGAAAGACGUAAAGUUUCUGCGUAGGAAUGUCUUUAAGAAGCCUCUUCCUGAUUCAGAAAUAGUAAGAUUUGAGAAUUCAAGGAAUAUGAUUGGGAAGUAUCUUGCUUUGGGUGAACACAAUCUUGAGGCAGCCCCAGGAAAACCUCUCAAUAUCAAGACCUUGGCCAAGACUCUUGAUGAGCAAUUUCCCUUGUUGCUCAGUGACAAAGAAAGAGGCCAAACAGAAAUUUUCUAUGAACACUACCUUAAAUACCUCAAGCAAUAUCAGCUUAUUGUAGAUGAGAGCAAUGUUCCUAGGAAAAGUUGGAUGUCCGAGUUACAAACCACAAAACUUGCUGAUCAUGACCACAUCAUGGCUGAGGUAUCAAAUUCCUUGAAAGAACUGCAACAACCAACCGUUAGGGAGCAUUUCGACGCCGAAUUGGAUCAAAUUGUCAAUAGUAUCUUUGUUGUCAGAGGAGGGAAGGAACAAAAGCUAGCUAUCAAAAAUCAUUUCUUGCAAUUCUUUGAAAGGAGUGAUUCUGAAAGCCUCAUCAACCUAGAUCAACUAGUUAGUGCUCGAGAAGUUCAAUUGAAGAAAAAACUCCCUACAGACCCAAGAGUCUUGGACUUGGAACACAUAUUUCAAAAUCUACCUCCAGAUCAGGACCUGAAGGAAGUGGUAUUCCGUUAUUCCAUGAUUAAAGGAUUUGAAUACCUUUUGCAGGAUAAACGUCUAGGAUUCAGCAGGAAACUUCAUAAUCAAGCCCAUACUGGAAUUACCAAUGUUCUAAAAACUUCUUCACAUCAAAAUCCUGAAGAUGUAUCUAUUUUUAGAAUUGCUGCAAGGGAAGAUGAAGAAUGGCUUGAAAAUGCAUUUAUGAAAUUCUAUGCAACUACUGUGGGCCCAAGGGAAGUCUUUGAAAGGUUGAAGGGAUUACCACAAGAUCAAGAGAUAAUAAGUUAUGCCAUGAAAAAACAUAUGGACUCACUCAAAUUUCUUAAAAACCAUCAAUUGGAGGUCCUUCGCCAGGCACCUAGUCGUAAAUACUUCAUGGACCAACUGAAGGAAGCAAACAAAAGUUCUCAUCAAACUUGGGGACACCAGAAGAUUUCUCAAAACGCUUGA